AUGCCUCGGAAUACGCUCUCUGGAUGGUUUAUUUUUGUCAUAUUAAUUGGCGAGUUAACGCUGUGGCGCUGCCCGUCACCGCUGAUAGGCCUGUCACCUGAUCCUAGGGGCCAGGAAUCCCAAGCUGCCCGCGGCCAUCCCGGAGAUUCACCAGAUUUUGUUCUUCCUUCACCUGGCAACAUGGCAGAACUGAAUGACUCCGUUGCUGUAGAGCACUCAGGUAGCAUGGCGAUGUACCCUCUACGAUGGAUCAUAACCGGAGCGAGAUGCCGAACCGUUCUCUCUGCUUCUCCGGUAAAAAUAGAAUUGCAGAUGCGGGGUUUCUUGGCGGAAAUCGAUGACACGCGCAACGUUUCACAUCCCGUUCUCGACCGGCUGCUGAAGCCCCGAUCUGGGGCUGUGGCUCACUGGCUUCGCUGGCCAGGAACAGGAAAAGGUUCUCCUAUCGACUGUUGCCCGCCAACCUCGCCCUAUGACCGAGUCCAGAACCUGCCAUCACAUGGACAGCGUUGCAGCCUCAGAAAGAAGGCUGAAAGAAGGCUGCAGGAGCAACCCCUGGCAGAGACUUCAUGGUCUCGCUCACCGACUCGUGUGAUCCGUGCCGCUGCAUCCCGUGGCGCUGACCGAUCUCCUGUUCUUCGAGAUUCUCUGGCCCUCAGAACCCCGUUCAGGAAGCACCCUCAACCCCCACGGGUGGCUCCCAUCCUGCCCGUUUGGGAAUCCUGGGUGGACCGUCUGCGUGCCUAUUCUGUCAUGCCCUGA